AGCACAGCCCAGUCCAGAGCGCAGUCCAGACACAUGAAUGCAACGUUGGAGGAGGAGGUGUUUUGGCUGGCGUACGAACUCGUAUCGAGGCGCGUGAUUCAUGCGCGCAACAGCGGCAAGCGGUAGGGUAACGACUGGGAUUCGUUGAGGGCGGGCGAGAAGGCGCUGCGAGAAGGCGUGGCGAGUGACUCACUAACGCUUGCAUUGAUACCCGUGACGAUCAUGCCGCGGCUUGAGUCGCGCAGCGCGAAUGCAGCUGCGACGUACGACGGGAAAAGGCGUCAAUGAACCGCGAUGCUCGUGUAGAGGGCGGCAGGGACAGAGCAUCUCGCGGGCACGCGUGGGGCGAAAAGGAAGUGAGGCGGAAGGGCAGGUGGCUUUAGUGGUGUAAGUCCGCAGUCGUAACACGAAGGCCGCCAGCACGCGAUAGGAUGGCGGCAACGGAAGGGAGGGUGGGCGAGGGCGAUACGGCGAGGGGGGAAAUACCGGACGAGGAUGGUGGGGAGGCGAGAGGAGCGGAUAUUGCAGCGAGGGGGAGGCGCGGCGGGCUCUACUUGCCGAGGAAAGGAACCGCGGGAUUCGCGCUGCUCAUGUGCCUUCUCAGGUGGCAGCAGCAGGGGCGGGGCGGCAUGGGCAAGGAGCAGCUGAUAGCAGCAGUGGAGGCCAGUGGACUCACAGACACCGGCAUGAGGCCGUCCAUUCCGCGUCGCGACCGGCCGCAGUUGUUCGCCCAGCAGGGCCACAACUACUACUGUGGAUGGAACGCCAUGCGCACCUUAAAGCAGUACGCUCUAGUGGACCACCGCUGUCGCCCUGCGCUCUACUCCCUCACUCCAGCGGGGGUGGCCGCAGCACAGACAUGCAUGGAGCGAGCUGGACUGCAGGCAGACGGCAUUGCGGAACCAUCGGCUGAACCAACUACCUCAGUCGCCGCACCACCUGCCAGCCCACCAGGCACUCCCUUACCAGCCACAGCUAGUCAGCAGGCAACGGGGGAGCAAGGGGACGGAUCAGGCGUCAGUAGCAACCGGAGAGGUGGACGGGGCCGGGGGCGUUGUGAGAGGGAGGGGGGAGGAGAAGGGAUAGGAGGAAGAGGAAGCCCUUAUGCCGAGGGGCAGCAGGCGGGGUCAGGAAGGGUUGGGAGAGGGAGAGGGCGUAAGCGGCAAGCACGCAGUGCUGCUGAUGGUGGAACAACUGUAGCAGCAGCUGUAGCAGCAGCUGUAGCAUCCCAAGACGCAGCAGCAGCAGCAACAGCAGCAGCGAGAAAAAGAGCGGCACGAGCGCCACCAGCAGCAGCAGGCGAAGCAGCAGCACCGCUAAGUGGGAGUGGAGUGGCAGCAGCAGCAGCAGGCGAGGGAGAGGCAGUGCUGGGAGGUGAAGCCUCGGCACUCAUGGCAUCACUGCAUGGCAUGAAAGGCUCAGGCUGCUCAGGCGACCGCCAUUCCUCCCUUGCAUCGGCGCACCCUGCGUCUCCACAGCCCAGCCUGUCGCCCUCAGAGACGGCUGACAUUCGCCUGCCCCCCCUUGCCCAGGGGCAACGGUUCUGUGACGCGUACGAGGUGGUGGUGCUCAUCGACAGCAGAGAGAAGGGAGCAGCGCAGCUCGCGGAGUUCCUCAGCAACGUGGAAAAAGUCCCGGCACAGGUCACAGCGCUGCCUGUGGGCGAUGCUCUCUGGGCGGCUCAGCCGCUCACUCCAACCUCAUCCUCCGUCCCUACCUCCUCCUCCUCUGCCCCCCCCUCGUGCACCGCACCCUCCUCCUCCUCCUCCUCCCCUGCCCUCCCCGCGGCCCUCUUCUGCCUGGAGUGGGUGGUGGAGCGCAAGAGAGUGGACGACCUGUGGGCGUCCAUCAAGGGCAAGCGCUUCAAGGACCAGAAGCUGCGCAUCAAGGUGGGCGGGGGGCAGAGCUAGCGGGUGUGCGCCAGACCUAGUGCUGCUUGUUGGUGGUGUGAGGAGCAAGAAGAGAGUGGACGGCGUUUGGUCAUCAAUCAAGUCUAAGCGAUUCAACAACCAAGUUACGGAUCAAGGUGGGUCUUCGCUUCCAGUCCCCUUCCCACACUCUUCCCAUUUAGGACACUUAUCACUUAUCUCUGAUCACUGAUCAAUGGUCAGUUUACGCAGUCAAGGGAAACCUGGCGAUAAACACUCUGAGAAUUCGGCCCCCUUGCUCCUUGUGCUUUCUUUUCCUUUCCUUCCCCCCCCUACA